AUGACGGACAUGAGCUUGGUCUCUGCUGUUCUUCCCGUGACCAGGGCACUCGCGAUCCCAAAUUAUGUCUUGUUCACAUCAUCUGCUAGGAUGUUGACGCUCUUCGUAUCGAGCCACAGGAUAUUCAACUGGAAAGUUAUGGCAGAAGAGACGGAUGAGGUUCAGAUACCGGGUCAAGAACCGAUGCCCAUCAGGUGGAUUCCUUCAUCCUUCCUCCAAGACGAGAACGACUUCUUGCGAAACUACCUCGUCGAGAAUGGAAGGAGUAUGAUGGAAUCCGAGGGGAUACUGAUCAACACGUUUGAGGAUUUUGAGCACGAUACACUAAAGGCACUGAAUGAUGGGAAAGUCAUAAGCACAUUGCCUCAUGUAUGUGAGUUUCGGAAGCAGAACAGCCAUCUCGAGGAAUCAGAUGAGGGAGCUGGGGAAGGGCUAUUGAGCAGCGGCUUCAGGUUCCUCUGGGUCGUGAAAGAUAAGAAAGUUGAUCGAGACGAUGGAGAAGAGCUGGACAUGGUGGUAGGGCGAGAAUUAAUGACAAGGUUGCGCGAGAGAGGGUUAGUCAUGAAGAGUUGGGUGGCCCAGAAUGAGAUACUGAGGCACCACGCAAUCGGUGGAUUCGUGACUCACUGUGGGUGGAACUCGAUCGUGGAGGCGAUUUGGAAUGGAGUGCCCAUUCUAGCUUGGCCUCAGCACGGAGACCAGAAGAUAAACUCGAGUCUCGUGUUGAGAAGCGGAAUCGGGAUAUGGGAAGAGAGAUGGGGAUGGCCAAUUACAGAGCCUGCAGUGAAAGCGGAGAAAAUUGCCGCAAGGAUCAAGGAGAUGAUGUGCAAUGAACUGUUGAGAUCACGAGCACGGGCCAUGAAAGAAGCAGCUAGGAAUGCUAUCGCUAUCGACGGAAGUUCGACCAAGGGAUUGAUGGAACUCAUUGGCUUGUGGAAGAACGAGGGAACGUGA